UGAUCUGCGAGCGCACCUACCCCAGGAACCGGUCCGCGUUCGUCCGCCGCUUGCUUUCUUCUCCCCAAAUAUAAGUCCUGUCCUCCCUUACCAACCAUCUCGCCGACAAAUUUGCCGCUGAGUUACUGGGAGCGCAAGGGCCCAGGCGAUGGGGGCGGUGGAGGAGCUCGUGGAGAAGGCAGGCGGGUGCGCGGUGAUCGACGGCGGCUUCGCCACGCAGCUGGAGGCGCUCGGCGCCGACAUCAACGACCCGCUCUGGAGCGCCGCCUGCCUCAUCACCAGGCCGCACCUCGUCAAGGAGGUUCAUCUGCAGUAUCUUGAAGCAGGCGCCGACAUCAUCAUUUCCUCAUCCUAUCAGGCAACUAUCCCGGGGUUCUUAGCCAGAGGAAUGUCUGUCGAGGAGGCAGAAGGUUUACUGCAAACAAGCGUAAAAUUGGCCCUGGAAGCACGAGACGAAUUCUGGAAGUCUGCGCUGAGGCAGUCCAAACCUAUGUACAACCGUGCUCUUGUCGCUGCAUCAAUUGGAAGCUACGGAGCUUAUCUUGCUGAUGGAUCAGAGUACAGUGGAUCAUACGGAGCUGACAUCACAACUGAGAAGCUGAAGGACUUCCAUAGGCGCCGGCUGCAGGUCCUUGCAAGUGCCGGUCCUGACCUCAUUGCAUUUGAGGCAAUUCCUAACAAAAUAGAGGCACAGGCUUUAGUCGAGCUCCUGGAGGAAGAGAACAUCCAGUUACCUUCUUGGAUCUGCUUCAACUCCGUGGACGGCAAGAACCUGUGCUCAGGAGAGAGUUUUGCAGAUUGCCUCCAAAUCCUCAAUGCGAGCGAGAAGGUCGCCAUUGUAGGAGUGAACUGCACACCACCUCAGUUCAUCGAGGGCCUCAUAACUGAGCUCAAGAAGCAAACGAAGAAGGCAAUUGCGGUGUACCCGAACAGCGGCGAAGUCUGGGACGGGAGGGCGAAGAGGUGGCUGCCAGCGGAGUGCUUCGUUCACAAGAGCUUCGAUGCGCUCGCCAAGAGAUGGCAGGGGGCCGGUGCUAGCCUCAUGGGGGCAUGCUGCCGGACGACGCCAUCGACUAUUCGGGCCGUUUCCAAGAUCCUCAAGGGCAGAGCAGGACAUUGAUUUCUUCAUAAUUGAAAUGUACCCAUGGCAGUAGCGAGAAUAACAUUCAGCAUAUAGAUUUACUUUUUAGUUCAUCGCAUGAUGGUUUAAUUAUAAUUUUGCAGUGUAAAACGUUUUAAAUUGCGGUGCUAGCCACCCAAAAGAAAAGGUAGUGCUGACAUGCACCAGUCGAACUUGGAAUUUUGGCUGCAGGUAGUAUUUAGUCUAACUCUGGU